AUGGACGCAGAGACACUCAGCAUCUGUACCAAACGAUGAAGGCUGAGACAGAAGCAAGGGAUUUUGCUUAAAAAUAAGGAAAAACAAGAGCUGCUGUCACCAUGUAUGGUUUCGUGAAUCACGCCCUGGAGCUGCUCGUUUUAAGGAAUUACGGCCCGGAAGUGUGGGAAGACAUCAAGAGGGAGGCUCAGCUGGAUAUUGAGGGUCAGUUCCUUGUUAGAAUCAUAUAUGAAGAUGGAAAAACAUACGAUCUUGUUGCAGCUGCAAGUAAAGUUCUCAAGAUCGAUGCAGGAGACAUCUUGCAGAUGUUUGGGAAGAUGUUUUUUGAAUUUUGCCAAGAGUCGGGUUAUGAUACCAUCUUACGAGUGUUGGGAUCAAAUGUUCGGGAAUUCCUGCAGAAUCUGGAUGCUCUACAUGACCACUUGGGUACCAUUUAUCCGGGCAUGAGGGCUCCCUCGUUCCGCUGCACCGAUGCAGAGAAGGGGAACAAUCUGAUUCUCCACUACUACUCGGAAAGAGAAGGCCUGCAAGACAUUGUGAUUGGCAUCAUUAAAACCGUCGCCCAACAGAUCCAUGGAACAGAGAUAGAGAUGAAGAUGAUCCAACCCAAAAGCGAAGAGUGCGACCACAUCAAGUUUCUGAUUGAGGAGAAGGACUCAGAGGAAGAGGCGUUCUAUGAGGACCUGGAUGGCUUUGAGGAAAAUGGCACACAAGAGACUCGCAUCAGCCCAUAUACAUUUUGCAAGGCCUUCCCGUUCCACCUCAUGUUUGACAAAGACCUGAUGCUCACACAGUGCGGGAAUGCCAUUUAUCGAGUCCUUCCUCAGCUCCAGCCCGGUACCUGUAUCCUCCCUUCUGUUUUUUCUUUGGUCCGUCCUCACAUUGACUUCAGCUUUCAUGGCAUCCUCUCCCACAUCAACACCGUCUUCGUUCUGCGAAGCAAGGAGGGCCUGCUGAAUGUGGAGACUGUAGAGAAUGAGGAUGAGCUGACGGGGGUGGAGAUCAGCUGUCUGAGAUUGAAAGGACAGAUGAUUUACUUGCCAGAGGCGGAGAACAUCCUUUUUCUUUGCUCACCCAGUGUUAUGAACCUGGAUGAUCUCACACGAAGGGGGCUUUACCUGAGUGACAUUCCGCUACAUGACGCCACGCGUGACCUGGUGCUGCUGGGUGAGCAGUUUCGUGAGGAAUACAAGCUGACCCAAGAGCUGGAAAUCUUGACCGAUCGUCUGCAGCACACACUCAGGGCCCUGGAGGACGAGAAGAAAAAGACAGACAGAUUGCUCUAUUCUGUUUUGCCGCCAUCUGUUGCCAAUGAGCUGCGCCACAAACGGCCCGUCCCGGCAAAACGCUACGACAACGUGACCAUCCUCUUUAGUGGCAUUGUGGGAUUCAAUGCCUUCUGCAGCAAGCAUGCCUCGGCUGAGGGAGCCAUCAAGAUAGUCAAUCUGCUCAACGAUGUUUACACACGUUUUGACAUCUUGACGGACUCUCGGAACAACCCUUAUGUAUACAAGGUGGAAACGGUGGGUGAUAAGUACAUGACAGUGAGCGGCCUACCAGAGCCGUGCACACACCACGCCAAGUCAAUCUGCCACCUCGCUCUGGACAUGAUGGAGAUUGCCGGACAAGUCAAAGUGGAUGAUCAACCAGUGCAGAUUACUAUUGGGAUCCACACAGGAGAAGUGGUGACUGGGGUGAUUGGCCAGAGGAUGCCCAGAUACUGCCUUUUUGGAAAUACGGUCAACCUCACGAGUCGCACAGAAACUACUGGUGAAAAAGGAAAAAUAAAUGUCUCCGAAUAUACUUACCGUUGUUUGCAGUCUGCUGAGAAUGCUGACCUUCAGUUUAAUUUGGAGUACCGGGGCCCCAUAACCAUGAAAGGAAAGAAGGAGCCGAUGAAGGUGUGGUUUCUGUCCAGGAAUCCCACGGACACAGAGACCGCCACCGUUAGUUAAAGCUGAACGGGUCAGAUUCAACACUAAAACACUGUCAGUGUCAUCUAAAGCUUUAGUACAGUACUGUGUAGUCAAAAUGUCUUUAUAGUUGCACAUUUUGAGGCAGGAGAAAGAUGGAUAAGAUGAAAUAAAAAACUAUGUUCUAACUAAAGACAUACAGAUAUUUUUAAAAGUUAAUUUGAACCAUUGCUCUCCCUGCUUGUCUCCGUCGUGACCUCACUAUAUUUUUUAGAGUAGACACAACAGUGAAGUGUUUCAUGAAUAGUCGAGGUUAGUGAUAUUUAAGUUUGAUACAGUUUUGGACAAAAUAUUCUCACAUUUUACAGAAAAUCACAAAAGGUUUUUAUAAAAAAAACAUUUUCCGUCCAUCUUAAAUCUUUUAGGUUUCUAAUUUUGUCAUACUGUAUUUGUUCUGUAUUGAGAAUUUAUAGUAUGUAAUUCUGAAGAACUUAUAUAUAUAUUAUUGAUAUCUGUGCCAAAACAUUACUGUCACUAUUUGAAGGACCCAUUUUUCUUUGGCCGUGAGAGAUAAACACUGAAUAUGUUACAAUGCCAUCAGACCAUUUAAAAGAAUGAAACAUUUAGAUAUAAUAGCUAUUAUAUUUAUAUAGAUUUGAAUCACUAUGUCCACCAGUUCUUUCUAUGUAGAGUCAUAUAUUACUAUUAAAAGAUUUAUUUCAUAUUGAUUUAUUGAAAAAAAGAAAACCUCACAAAUGGUACAAGUUUAACCUGCAUCAUCACAUAUACACUGAAUAUAAAAAUAGUUAUAUAAUUAAAGAUGAGCACUACUUUAUUGAUUGCACCUCUUUACUCACUUUUUGUCUACUUCUAUGAAAUAAUAUUAAGUAAAGUUUCAGUUCUACAAAACAAGAUAUUCUUAAUGAUCUAUAUUUAUUGUUAAUAUUGUGUUAUUUGGUAUUUAUUCUUUUUUUUUCAUUAGAAUUAGCAACUAGGUAAACUGUAUUAUAGGUGAAACUACUGUUUGUACCUCUAUAAACUAAACUAUGUGCUGUGUGUGUUGGAUUGAUUUCACACAAAUAACAUGGCACACUUUUUUCACCCUAUUUUUCCAGAAUUAUUAUUUACAUACACCCUUUCCAACCGUGCAGCUUCCUGUGUAGUAGGUAGGUGCCUCUUGUUAUGUACGAGUGCAUUUCUGUGCUUGUAAGACAUGAUUGUUUUAUUUUAACAAUGUUUCUGUUGAGA